CCGCAUUCCCCUGGAUGAACUUGUCACAGCUGGCAGGUGCACCGGAUCGGCCUUAGCGGCAGAAUUCAAGCAGCACAACUUUCACCUUCGUAACGCGUUCGAUGAGUCUACUGAAGACCAGUCCCGACAAAUCCGGCAGCUGACACCGCCAUGGGAUUAUGUUGUUUCACGUAUCAGCAUGCUACCUGAUUUUUUCCCGUUUUCUGCUGCCUCCGCGCUGUUUUCGGAUAUCUAGAAGGCGACAGAAGACGGGCCAGUCAUUAUCGUCAACGCAAGCCAUUAUAGCUGCGACGCCUUGUGUAUCACAGGUACCCAAGAUCCUGUCUAUGUUCCACUUGAUACCACACGGACCGAAGUCUCAGAAUUUUCCUUCGAGUUCCAGUCCCUCGCGGAGGAUUUUGGUCCGUCCGAGCAUCAACUCGAAUUGCGCAAGCUGUUCUCAGGGCAUGAUCCACUUUACAUCCUCUACAUGCAGUAGGAUUAAGUACGAGAAUAAGAACCAACAUUUGCCUCGCUUUUUCAUCUCUUCUUUCACCUCAAUUUCGGUGACGCUCAUUCGCACAAGACAGCCACUUUCUCGAGAGGCGUCCACGCAAACCUUUUGUUACCAUUGGUCAAGCUAACCCGAACAGAGGGAAGGAACCUCGAUGUGUCGCUCCCGAGCUAGUCAUUGUCACUCAGCGUGUCGUGCCCACUUUGUCCUUUAUAUUGCUCGAGGACAGCGAUGUAAUCCAGGGCGCAUUCAACGCACUAAACCGUAAUCAGUGACUUCACCUGGCCUGCCACAAUGCGCGACAGGCCUUUAACGAUCAGGGAGGUCAUCCGAGCAGGAGG